GAGACGCUUGGGUCGCCCGGUUAGUUUAAAAGUGGACGGGUUUCCAGCGAAACGUUUCGCAGAUCACGUUUCUUGCGAUUUACGAUACCACGGGCGGCGGUUGAAGAGGACGUUGGAAGGGGUUGGGAAAGAACGUUGCGAUAAGGACAUUCGUUUGGAGGGAUACAUAUCUGAGGUGCACGCGUGAGGGAAAGUCAAAAGCAUUGCGACGCUGUCAUUCGUUUGGGUUGCUUGGUUGGAAGGAACGAGUCCGAGGAAAACGCCAAGAAAGGGAAAGAGUGAUCAAAAAAAAGAAUCGAGAUGGAAACUAUCGCAUCAUGUCUCGAGUCGACGGCGAUAAACAGCUAUUUGGACAUCGUCCCAGAGAUGCUCUCGUCUCAACAAGAAGAGACCAACAGCGGCCUCUCCUCACCCACCAGCUCUCCCUCGCCCAUUCUCGCCACCGACGCUGAACACCCCUGCACCUCGUGCGGCGGACAACGCUCGCGACGCGUCUCCAUGGUCUCGGACCCAAAGGUCGAACCCUCAUACGCAGGUCGCACCUACCACCCAUGCACCAACAGUCGCUGUCGUCGCGGCCGAGCCAAUACUCUCGAUCGCGAAUGGCACGCCUGGCAAGUGCACGGCGAGAACCCAAAAUGCGAUUGCGGGUUGCCGAGUAAGCAGGGUCGACAGGAGCCUGGAGACUUGUUUCCCGGCUAUGGGAUCUGGGAGUGUGCAUUCGGGAGCUGCAAGUAUCGCAGUCGAGACCGUAAGGGGAGGAGUGUGGAGAAGGGAGAGGUGAAGGCCAAGGAUGUCGAGAGGUUCAUUCCAUGGCUGCUGAACGGGAGGUGAAUGCUGCACGACAGGCUGCAGUAAGAGUUUGUUGUGUUCAGUCUUGGAGCGGUUCUUGAUUGUUUUUGAGAUACCCGGGCAAGCGCAAGGCGUUGGGCGGAGUUUUUGAUAUUGAUAUCCAAUAAUAAGCCAAUUUUGUCAGUCCUGCUCUGGCUCGUCCUGUGCUUCCUGAUCUCUUCGUUUUCGCAAGUUCGCUACAGUAUACAAAAAGUCGUCCAAUUCUUUCUCGCUGGCGUCUGUCGUGAGUGAUGGGUGCUCGUUGAGCAAGUCCAGGUUGAAGGUCUCCGCGAUCGGCUUCCACGAGCCGCAACGCACUGGCAGUUCGGGAGAAUCGUGCACGCUGCAGAGGACGGUGCCCAAACGCUUGGACCCGUCAGCACGAGCGUCGAGAGAUACGAGUAGAUGGUCGCCAAGCGCUGUUACGUCGAGUGGUAUCGCCGGUAGAGACAAGGUGGUGGAAGCCACUUCGCUGUCCUCCAAGGCUUCCUGAGGUGUCGAUUCCAAUGCUGGACGUGAGAUCAGGAAGAGGGCUGGGACUCUCUCGCACG